AUGGGCUGCCAUCAGCGGACGCACAGCACCGCCGCGGUGGACCAUCUCUCCGCAUUGCGCCCCACGGCGGCAGAGGCACAACGCUUCUCGCAGCUCUCAGAGGCCUUGUUCGCAGACGAGGCAGCCGCCCUCUCGCUUAGCCUCCCAGGCAUCAGCGACUGCGAGGUGACCGGUGCAGCUGCCGAGGAGGAGGCGGGGGAGGCGCAGCUCUCAGCGGAGGAGUGCAUGGAGGUCGCGCUUGAGCCGCCGCCGCCGCCGCUGGUGUCGCCUUCAAAAAGGGGUGAACAGCAAGACGAGGGGCGACCGCAAGCAGGCACGGCACUGUGCGCGGGCCAGUCUUCGCUGCCGUCCUUCUCAUGUGCCAUGGUGGAGCUUUCCAUGUGCCGUGACGCGGGUGAAGCUGCGACGGCGUUGGCAACUGCGGUGCGUGCUUUCAUGUCGAGCGACACUUCCGUCAUGAAUCGCGCGGCCUCUGAGCUGCUACUUGCCGGGAGUGACGUGAAGGCGCUUGUUCCAGAUGGCACGCUUCGCGGGAUUCGAAUGGAGCGUAAAUGCAUGAGUCAGUGUGACUUCUCCACCGUGUCGUUCGUCUCCGUGUUCGCGGCAGAGGUGGAUUUCUCUCGCAGCCUCUUCUACGGCGCCAUCUUCCACGACUGCGUGUUUGUCCGCUGCUGCUUUGAUGGCUGCGUUCUGAAGGAGCUGCGGUGCUCAGGGAACGUGCGUUUUGAGGAGUGUUCCUUUCGUUUUGCCAACAUCGAAUUUCGUCUUUCCCGCGGAGACAACGCGACGCGUGCAAAGGUGCUGUUUGACCGCGGCGACUUUGACCUGGCGGACUUUAGCGGCAGUGAUCGGCUUCCAGCGAGGUGCUUCGUGGGGUGCAGCAACACCGACCUUGCCGCGAAGUUUCCCCCAACACGCGUUUGA